AUGGCGGCGGCGGCGGCGGCAGCGGCGGCGGCGUUGGCUCCUCCGGGCUGCCCGGGUUCGUGCCCCAACUUCGCCGUGGUGUGCUCCUUCCUGGAGCGCUACGGGCCGCUGCUCGACCUGCCGGAGCUGCCGUUCCCCGAGCUGGAGCGGGUGCUGCAGGCGCCGCCGCGGGACGUCGGCAACGGGGAAGUACCAAAAGAAUUGGUGGAGCUUCAUUUGAAGUUGAUGAGGAAGAUUGGCAAAUCCGUUACAGCAGACAGAUGGGAAAAAUAUUUGAUCAAGAUAUGCCAAGAAUUUAAUAGCACUUGGGCAUGGGAGAUGGAGAAGAAAGGCUAUCUCGAAAUGAGUGUUGAAUGCAAACUAGCGCUCCUAAAGUACCUCUGUGAGUGUCAGUUUGAUGACAAUCUCAAAUUCAAGAAUAUUAUCAAUGAGGAAGAUGCCGAUACCAUGCGUCUCCAGCCAAUUGGUCGAGACAAAGAUGGCCUCAUGUACUGGUACCAGUUGGAUCAAGAUCACAAUGUCAGAAUGUACAUAGAAGAACAAGAUGAUCAAGAUGGCUCAUCGUGGAAAUGCAUUGUCAGAAAUCGAAAUGAGUUGGCUGAGACUCUUGCACUCCUGAAAGCACAAAUUGAUCCUGUACUAUUGAAAAACCCCAGCCAACAGGACAGCUCUUCCCGGGACAGUCCUAGCUUGGAUGAUGAAGAGACUAAAAAGGAGGAAGAAACACCUAAACAAGAGGAACAGAAAGAAAAUGAAAAAAAGAAAAGUGAAGAGCAGCCAGUAGAUUCAGAAAACUGUCCCAUACCCAAUGCUCUGGAAGAAACGACUAUGAAAAUAGAAAAAGAAGAUGAAAAGGAACUUGUGAAAAUGCCAGUUAUAGUAAAGCUAGAAAAACCUUUGCUGGAAAGCGAGGGGAAAAAGAUUAUCAAAGAAGAAACUGAUGCCUUCAAGGAAAAUGUCAAACCCAUUAAAGUCGAAGUGAAGGAAUGUAAAGCAGACCCUAAAGAUGUCAAAGGAGGCCUGGAGAAGCUAGAGCCCGAGAGGCUAGAGUUUGGUGUCAAUGUUAAAUCUACUCAAGAAAUUACUGAGAAGUCUACUGAAGAAACUGAGAAACUUAAAAAUGACCAGCAGGCCAAGAUACCACUAAAAAAACGAGAAAUUAAACUGAGUGAUGAUUUUGACAGUCCAAUCAAAGGACCUUUGUGUAAAUCAGUUACUCCAACAAAAGAAUUUUUGAAGGAUGAAAUAAAACAAGAGGAGGAGACUCAUAAAAGGAUUUCUGCAAUCACUGCGUUGGGUCAUGAAGGGAAACAACUGGUAAAUGGAGAAGUUUGUGAUGAAAAGGUAACUCCAAAUUUUAAGACAGAACAAAUGGAGACAAAGUUUUAUGAUACAAAGGAAGAUAGCUGUAGCCCCUCUAAGGAUAAAAGUGUCGUCAUGGAGGGAAAAGGAGCAGAGUCCUUAAAUUCUGUUAUAGUAAGUCUUAAAAAAGGUGACCUGGAAAAGGAAGUGGUCCCUUUAGAGAAAGAUGCAGAAAGUUCAGUAUCAGUUGUGGAGACCCAGAGUCCAAAAGAGCAGAUAGAGGAAACUGGUCCUCCCGAAAUGGAAACCUCUCUCGAGGCUUUAGAGAUGGCAGCUGAUCUCUCUUUAAAAACUGCUUUAUCUACUACUGAAUCCCAUACCAUGAAAGUUGAAGAGAAGUCUCCCAAAAAUAAGGAUACACGCCCACCAGUCAUAGAAUGUCUUGAAAAGUUAGAGAAGUCCCAUAAGACCUUUCUUGAUAAGGACCCACAAAGAUUGAGUCCAAUACCGGAGGAGGUUCCUAAGAGUUCUCUGGAAUCAGUAAUGCUGGGCUCUCCCGGGGCAGCUGGAUCUUCCUCGCUGUCUGACAUAGCUGGCCAUUGUGAGAAACCAGCCUCAGAAAAAGAAAUGGUGGAGUGUCAGAGCACAAGUUCUGUUGAGGGUCAGUCCCUGCAAAAAACAGACUCAGAAGUUCCAAAAGAAGAUUCUGAAUCCAUGCAGGUAGAAAUGGACAGCCUGGACAAUGCCCAGACCUCUGGUGCAGAGGACCCUUCAGACACAAAAGGUUCUGUGCAAAAAAACAAAUUUAAGUAUAAGUUGAUUCCUGAAGAAGAAACCACUGCCUCAGAAAACACAGAGAUAACCUCUGAAAGGCAAAAGGAUGGCAUCAAAUUAACAAUUAGGAUAUCCAGUCGGAAGAAGAAGCCAGAAUCUCCUCCCAAAAUUAUAGAACCAGAAACCAAGCAAGAGAAGUCCGAAAAGGAAGAAGAUAAAACAAAUGUGGGUCGUACUUUAAGGAGGUCUCCAAGAAUAUCUAGACCCACAGCCAAAGUGGCUGAGAUCAGAGAUCAGAAAGCUGAUAAAAAAAGAGGGGAAGCAGAAGAUGAAGUGGACGAGGAGUCAACAGCUUUGCAAAAAACAGACAAAAAGGAAAAUUUGAAAAAAAUGGAGAAAGAUACAAAUUCUAAAGUAAGCAAGGUAAAAACCAAAGGCAAAGUUCGAUGGACUGGUUCUCGAACACGCGGCAGGUGGAAAUAUUCCAGCAACGAUGAAAGUGAAGUAUCUGACAGUGAAAAAUCGUCUGCAGCUUCAGAAGAGGAAGGAGAAAAGGAGAGUGAAGAAGCCAUCAUAGCGGAUGAUGAUGAACCCUGCAAAAAAUGUGGCCUUCCAAACCAUCCUGAGCUAAUUCUUCUGUGCGACUCUUGUGACAGUGGCUACCACACUGCUUGCCUUCGCCCUCCUCUGAUGAUCAUCCCUGAUGGAGAAUGGUUCUGCCCCCCUUGCCAACAUAAACUACUGUGUGAGAAAUUAGAAGAACAAUUGCAGGACUUGGAUGUUGCCUUAAAGAAGAAAGAGCGUGCUGAACGCAGGAAAGAACGCUUGGUGUAUGUGGGUAUCAGUAUUGAGAACAUCAUUCCUCCACAAGAGCCAGAUUUUUCUGAAGAUCAUGAAGAAAAGAAAAAAGAUUCAAAAAAAUCCAAAGCAAACUUGCUUGAAAGAAGAUCAACAAGAACACGGAAAUGUAUAAGUUAUAGAUUUGAUGAGUUUGAUGAAGCAAUUGAUGAAGCUAUAGAAGAUGAUAUCAAAGAGGCUGAUGGAGGAGGAGUUGGCCGAGGAAAAGACAUCUCCACCAUCACAGGUCACCGGGGAAAAGAUAUCUCCACUAUUUUGGAUGAAGAAAGAAAGGAAAAUAAACGACCCCAGAGGGCUGCUGCCGCUCGCCGGAAGAAACGCCGGCGAUUAAAUGAUCUGGACAGUGACAGCAACCUGGAUGAAGAGGAGAGUGAGGAUGAGUUCAAGAUCAGUGAUGGAUCUCAAGAUGAGUUUGUUGUAUCUGAUGAAAACCCAGAUGAAAGUGAAGAAGACCCACCAUCCAAUGAUGACAGUGACACUGAUUUCUGUAGCCGAAGACUAAGACGACAUCCCUCCAGGCCAAUGAGGCAAAGCAGGCGAUUGCAGAGAAAAAACCCAAAGAAAAAUUAUUCAGAUGAUGAUGAAGAGGAGUCUGAUGAGAAUAGUAGAGACUCUGAAAGUGAUCUUAGCGAUGACUUUAGUGAUGAUUAUGUAGAGACUCGGCGAAGGCGGUCAAGGAGGAACCAGAAAAGACAAAUUAACUACAAAGAAGAUUCAGAGAGUGAAGGUUCCCAGAAAAGUUUACGGCGUGGUAAAGAAAUCAGACGAGUUCAUAAGCGCAGGCUUUCCAGCUCAGAGAGUGAAGAGAGCUAUAUGUCCAAGAACUCUGAAGAUGAGGAGCUAGCUAAAGAAUCAAAGCGGUCACUUCGGAAGCGGGGUCGAAGCGCAGAUGAGUAUUCAGAAGCAGAAGAGGAAGACAAACCAUCUCGAAAACGGCUACACCGGAUUGAGACAGACGAGGAGAGUUGUGACAAUGCCCAUGGAGAUGCAGAUCAGCCUGCCCAUGAGAGCCAGCCCAGGGUCCUGCCCUCAGAACAGGAGAGCACCAAGAAGCCCUAUCGGAUAGACAGUGAUGAGGAAGAGGACUUUGAAAAUGUGGGCAAGGUGGGAAGCCCAUUGGACUAUAGCUUAGUGGACUUACCUUCCACCAAUGGACAGAGUCCUGGCAAAGCCAUCGAGAAUUUGAUCGGCAAGCCAGCUGAGAAGCCUCAGACCCCCAAGGACAACAGCACAGCCAGUGCAAGCCUGGCUCCCAAUGGGACAAGUGGUGGGCAGGAGGCAGGGGCACCAGAAGAGGACGAAGAUGAGCUUUUAAGAGUGACUGACCUUGUUGAUUACGUCUGUAACAGUGAACAAUUAUAA